AUGGGGCUGCCACUAGCCCGCCUGGUGGCCGUCUGCCUGGCCCUGAGCUCGGCUGGGGGUGCAGAGCUCCAGAGAGAGGGCAGGAGCCGGAACCACGGCCACAGCGUCUGCAGCACUUGGGGCGACUUCCACUACAAGACCUUCGACGGGGACGUCUUCCGCUUCCCGGGCCUGUGCGACUACAACUUUGCGUCCGACUGCAGGGACUCCUACAAGGAGUUCGCGGUGCACCUGAAGCGGAGCUCGGGCAGCGACGGGGGGCCCCCCCAGCUCGAGUACAUCUUGCUGAACAUCAAGGACGACACCGUCUACCUCACCCGCCAGCUGGCUGUGGUCAACGGGGCCACGGUCAGCACGCCGCACUACAGCUCCGGACUGCUCAUCGAGAAGAGCGACGCUUACACCAAGGUCUACUCCCGAGCUGGACUCACCCUCAUGUGGAACCGGGAGGACUCGCUCAUGCUGGAGCUGGACAGUAAGUUCCAGAACCACACGUGUGGCCUCUGCGGGGACUACAACGGCCUGCAGACCUACUCCGAGUUCCUCUCUGACGGCGUGCUCUUCAGCGCCCUCGAGUUUGGGAACAUGCAGAAGAUAGACAAGCCCGAAGUGGUGUGCAACGACCCCGAGGAGGUGCCGGCCCUGGAGUCCUGCUCGGAGCACCGCGCCGAGUGCGAGAAGCUGCUGACGGCCGCGGCCUUCGCGGACUGCCUGGGCCUGGUGCCGCUGGAGCUGUACGUGCAGGCGUGCGCGCGGGACCGCUGCCAGUGCCCGUCGGGCACUUCCUGCGUCUGCAGCACCCUCGCCGAGUUCUCCCGCCAGUGCUCCCACGCGGGCGGGCGGCCCGGCAAUUGGAGGACCUCUGAGCUCUGCCCCAAGAGCUGCCCCGGGAACAUGGUCUACCUGGAGAGCGGCUCGCCCUGCAUGGACACCUGCUCACAUCUGGAGGUCAGCAGCCUGUGUGAGGAGCACCGCAUGGAUGGCUGCUUCUGCCCGGAAGGCACCGUGUACGAUGACAUCGCAGGCAGCAGCUGCAUCCCCGUGAGCCAGUGCCACUGCAAGCUUCACGGGAGCCUGUACUCACCUGGCCAGCAAAUCAGCAGCGACUGCGAGGAGUGCGUCUGCACCGCCGGCCGCUGGGUGUGCAAAGACCUGGUGUGCCCGGGCACCUGUGCCCUGGAGGGCGGUUCCCACAUCACCACCUUCGACGGGAAGAAGUACACCUUCCACGGGGAUUGCUACUACGUGCUGAUGCAGGGCGACCACAACGACUCCUACGCCCUCCUGGGUGAGCUGGCCCCCUGCGGCUCCACGGACAAGCAGACCUGCCUUAAGACGGUGGUGCUGUUGGCCGACAACAAGAAGAACGUGGUGGCCUUCAAGUCGGAUGGCAGCGUCCUGCUGAAUGAGCUGCAGGUGAACCUGCCCCACGUGACAGCCAGUUUCUCCAUCUUCCAACCGUCCUCCUACCACCUUCUGGUGAGCACCGCCUUCGGCCUCAGCCUGCAGGUCCAGCUCGUGCCCGUCAUGCAGCUCUUUGUGACGCUGGGCCAGGCCGCCCAGGGCCACGUGCAGGGCCUCUGCGGGAAUUUCAACGGCCUGGAAGGGGAUGACUUUAAGACGGCUGGUGGGCUGGUGGAGGCCACGGGGGCCGGCUUCGCCAACACCUGGAAGGCCCAGUCGAGCUGCCAUGACAAGCUGGACUGGCUGGAUGACCCCUGCUCCCUCAACAUCGAGAGCGCCAACUAUGCUGAGCACUGGUGCUCCCUGCUGAAGAAGGCAGAGACCCCCUUCGGCCGGUGCCACUCAGCUGUGGACCCCUCGGACUAUUACAAGAGGUGCAAGUACGACACGUGUAACUGCCAGAACAGCGAGGGCUGCAUGUGUGCCGCGCUGUCCUCUUACGCCCGCGCCUGUGCCUCCAAGGGCGUCAUGCUGUGGGGCUGGCGGGAGCAAGUCUGCAAUGAGGACGUGGGCUCCUGCCCCAACUCACAGGUGUUCCUGUACAACCUGACCAGUUGCCAGCCCACCUGCCGCUCGCUCUCCGAGGCCGACACCCACUGCCUUCAGGGCUUCGCGCCCGUGGACGGUUGUGGCUGCCCCGAUGACACCUUCCUGGACGAGAAGGGCCGCUGCGUGCCCCUGGCCAAGUGCUCCUGCUACCACCGUGGCCUCUACCUGGAGGCUGGGGAGGUGGUGCUGAGGCAGGAGGAACGCUGCGUCUGCCGGAACGGGAGGCUGAACUGCAUGCAGGUCCGGCUGCUCGGCCAGAGCUGCGUUGCUCCCAAGAUCCAUGUUGACUGCAGCAACCUGACCGCACUAACCAUCCAGAGCCCGCGGCCUACCAGCUGCCAGACGCUGGCUGCCGGCCACUACCAGACGGAGUGCAUCAGCGGCUGUGUCUGCCCGGACGGGCUGAUGGAUGACGGCCGCGGCGGGUGCGUCGUGGAGGAGAAGUGUCCGUGCGUGCACAACAAGGACCUGUACUCCCCCGGGGACAAGAUCAAGGUGGACUGCAACACCUGCACCUGCCGGCGAGGCCGCUGGGCGUGCACCGAGUCCCUGUGCUACGGCUCCUGCUCCGUCUACGGCAGCGGCCACUACGUCACCUUUGACGGGAAGUACUAUGAUUUCGACGGGCACUGCUCCUACGUGGCGGCUCAGGACUUCUGUGGCCAGAACUCCUCGGGCUCCUUCAGCAUCAUUACUGAGAACGUUCCCUGUGGCACCACGGGCGUCACCUGCUCCAAGGCCAUCAAGAUCUUCUUGGGGAGGACGGAGCUGAAGCUGGAGGACAAGCGCCGUGUGGUGAUCCAGCGGGACACGGGCCACCACGUGGCCUACAGCACCCGGGAGGUGGGCCAGUACCUGGUGGUGGAGGCCAGCAUCGGCAUCAUCGUCAUCUGGGACAAGAAGACCAGCAUCUUCAUCAAGCUGGCCCCGUCCUACAAGGGCACGGUGUGCGGGCUGUGUGGGAACUUCGACCACCGCUCCAGCAAUGACUUCACCACGAGGGACCACAUGGUGGUGGACAGCGAGCUGGACUUUGGGAACAGCUGGAAGGAGGCCCCCACCUGUCCGGACGUGAGCGUCACCCCGGAUCCGUGCGCCCGGAACCCGCACCGCCUCUCCUGGGCCGAGAAGCAGUGCAGCCUCAUCAAGAGCUCCGUCUUCGGCGUCUGCCACAGCAAGGUGGACCCCAAGCCCUUCUACGAGGCCUGCGUCCAUGACUCCUGCUCCUGCGACACAGGCGGGGACUGUGAGUGCUUCUGCUCCGCCGUGGCCUCCUACGCUCAGGCGUGCACUAAGGAGGGGGCCUGCGUGUUCUGGAGGACGCCAGACCUGUGCCCCAUCUUCUGUGACUACUACAACCCCCCAGACGAGUGUGAGUGGCACUAUGAGCCCUGUGGGAACCGCACCUUCGAGACCUGCAGAACCAUCAACGGCAUCCAUUCCAACAUCUCCGUGUCCUACCUGGAGGGCUGUUACCCCCAGUGUCCCAAGGACAGGCCUAUCUAUGACGAGGACCUGAAACAGUGCGUCCCGGCUGACAAGUGCGGCUGCUACGUCGGGGACACCCGCUACCCGCCUGGAGGAUCCGUCCCCACCGAUAAGGACUGCCAGUCUUGUGUGUGUACCAACACCUCGGAAGUCGUCUGCCGGCCAGAAGAAGGGAAGGUUCUCAACUACACCCAGGACGGCUCCUUCUGCUACUGGGAGAUCUGUGGCCCCGACGGGUCGGUAGAGAAACACUUCAAUAUCUGUGUAGUCUCCACCCCCCGGCCGCCCUCCACCGCGAUCCCCGUCACCACCACCACCACCACCCCGACCACCCCGACCACCCACACAACUCCAUCCUCGGCCCCAGUGACUGCAGAGCUGUGCUGCUUCUGGUCCGACUGGAUCAAUGAGAACCACCCCACUACGCAGAGUGAUGGUGGAGACCGGGAGACCUUCCACAGCGUCUGCAGUGCGCCUGAGGACAUUGAGUGCAGGUUGGCCACGGAGCCCCACCUCAGCUGGGAGCUGGCGGGCCAGAAGGCACAGUGCAAUGUUUCCUUUGGGUUCAUUUGCUACAAUGAAGACCAGUUUGGAAACGGGCCAUUUGCGGUCUGUUAUGACUACGAGAUACGUGUCAACUGCUGCAUGCCGAUGAAUGAAUGUCCCCCGUCCACAACCACGGCCCCCACGACCACUCCCACCACCUCCACCUCAACAACGACCAUGACCUCCACACCUACGCCAGGACCCCCGACUACCACCACCACGGGCACCCCGACCCCAACCCGCCACCACUCCGACCACCGCGCCGUCCACCACGCCGACCACCACACCGACCACCACGCCGACCACCACUCUGACCACCACUCCGACCACCGCGCCGACCACCACGCCGACCACCACCAUCACCAGCACUCCGACCACCACUCCAACCACCACGCCGUCCACCACCAUCACCAGCACUCCGACCACCACGCCGACCACCACUCCGACCACCACGCCGUCCACCACCAUCACCAGCACUCCGACCACCACGCCGACCACCACGCCAACCACCACGCCGACCACCACGCCGUCCACCACCAUCACCAGCACUCCGACCACCACGCCGACCACCACGCCAACCACCACCAUCACCAGCACUCCGACCACCACUCCGACCACCACGCCGUCCACCACGCCUCCACCACCAUCACCACCACGCCGACCACCACGCCGACCACCACUCCAACCACCACCAUCACAGGCACGCCAACACUGACUCCCACCAUCACCACCACCACGGGCAAAGAGACCCCAACUCCAACACCUAUCCCGACUACCACAACCACCUCGACAUCCACACCUAUUCCACAACCCCCGACCACCACCACCACACCUACCCCAGUAUCAACCACCAGAGAGCCAACAAUUUCUCCCUGUGUGCCUCAGUGCAACUGGACGGGCUGGCUGGAUUCAGGUAAACCGAGCUUUUCCAAACCGGGUGGAGACAUCGAAUCAAUUCAGAACAUCUGUAAAGAAGGCUGGGCAGUCAACAUCUCCUGCAGAGCCACGCAGUUUCCUGACAUUCCCAUUGAAGAACUUGGGCAAAAGGUGGUGUGUGACAUAUCUGUCGGGCUGGUGUGCAGAAAUGAAGACCAGAAGCCAGGGGGGAUCAUACCGCAGCCCUUCUGCCUCAACUAUGAGAUCAACGUCUGCUGUUCAGGACCUGAGGACUGUAUCUCCACACCUCCUCCUGCCACCACCCUGACCACUACCCCUACCACCACCACCACGACCACCACGACCACCACCAUGGGAACUCCGACCCCAACCCCGACUCCCACCAUCAGCACUACCACAGGCACAGAGACCCCAACACCCACCAUCACAACCAGUCCAACCACCACCGCCACAGGUACCCCGACCCCCACCAUCACCACCACCAUGGGCACAGAGACCCCAACAACCACCCCAAGUACCACCACCACCACCACAGGCACCCCAACCCCAACCCCCACCAUCAGCACUACCACAGGCACUGAGACCACAACCCCCACCAUCACCACCACUCUGAGUACCACCACGACUACCACCACCACGNCAGGCACCCCAACCCCAACGCCCACCAUUAGCACGACCACGGGCACCCCAACCCCUACACCCACCAUCACCACCACUCCAAGCACCACCACAACUACUACCACCACGGGCACCCCGACUCCGACACCCCCCAUCAGCACCACGACAGGCACACCAACCCCAACGCCCACCAUUAGCUCGACCACGGGCACCCCAACCCCUACACCCACCAUCACCACCACUCCAAGCACCACCACGACUACCACCACCACGGGCACCCCGCCUCCGACACCCACCAUCACCACCACCACGGGCACCCCGACUCCGACACCCACCAUCACCACCACCACGGGCACCCCGACUCUGACACCCACCAUCAGCACCACGACAGGCACCCCAACCCCAACGCCCACCAUUAGCACGACCACGGGCACCCCAACCCCUACACCCACCAUCACCACCACUCCAAGCACCACCACGACUACCACCACCACAGGCACCCCAACUCCGACACCCACCAUCACCAUCACCACGGGCACCCCGACUCCGACACCCACCAUCAGCACCACGACAGGCACCCCAACCCCAACGCCCACCAUUAGCACGACCACGGGCACCCCAACCCCUACACCCACCAUCACCACCACUCCGAGCACCACCACGACUACCACCACCACAGGCACCCCAACUCCGACACCCACCAUCACCAUCACCACGGGCACCCCGACUCUGACACCCACCAUCAGCACUACGACAGGCACCCCAACCCCAACGCCCACCAUUAGCACGACCACGGGCACCCCAACCCCUACACCCACCAUCACCACCACUCCGAGCACCACCACGACUACCACCACCACAGGCACCCCAACUCCGACACCCACCAUCACCAUCACCACGGGCACCCCGACUCUGACACCCACCAUCAGCACCACGACAGGCAUCCCAACCCCAACGCCCACCAUUAGCACGACCACAGGCACCCCAACCCCUACACCCACCAUCACCACCACCACGGGCACCCCAACCCCUACACCCACCAUCACCACCACUCCGAGCACCACCACAACUACCCCCACCACAGGCACCCCAACUCCGACACCCACCAUCACCAUCACCACGGGCACCCCGACUCUGACACCCACCAUCAGCACCACGACAGGCAUCCCAACCCCAACGCCCACCAUUAGCACGACCACAGGCACCCCAACCCCUACACCCACCAUCACCACCACUCCGAGCACCCCCCCGACUACCACCACCACGGGCACCCCGACUCUGACACCCACCAUCGCCACCACCACAGGCACCCUGACACCGACACCCACCAUCACCACCACCACGGGCACCCCAACCCCUACACCCACCAUCAGCACCACCACGGGUACCCCAACCCCGACACCCACCAUCAGUACGACAGGCACCCCAACCCCAACGCCCACCAUUAGCAUGACCACGGGCACCCCAACCCCUACACCCACCAUCACCACCACUCCAUGCACCACCACGACUACCACCACCACGGGCACCCCGACUCUGACACCCACCAUCAUCACCACUCCAAGCACCACCACGACUACCACCACCACGGGCACCCCGCCUCCAACCCCCACAGUCAGCACUACCAUGGGCACCCCAACCCCUACACCCACCAUCACCACCAUUCCAAGCACCACCACAACUACCACCACCACGGGCACCCUGACUCCGACACCCACCAUCACCACCACCACGGGCACCCCGACCCCUACACCCACCAUCAGUACCACCACGGGCACCCCGCCUCAGACACCCACCAUCAGCACCACGACAGGCACCCCAACCCCAAUGCCCAUCAUUAGCACGACCACAGGCACCCCAACCCCUACACCCACCAUCACCACCACUCCAAGCACCACCAGGACUACCACCACUACGGGCACCCCGACUCUGACACCCACCAUCAGCACUACCAUGGGCACCCCAACCCCUACACCCACCAUCAGCACCACCACGGCACCCACCAUCACCACCACCACGGGCACCCCAACCCCUACACCCACCAUCAGCACUACCACGGGCACCCCAACCCCUACACCCACCAUUACCACCACUCCAAGCACUACCACGACUACCACCACCACGGGCACCCCAACCCCUACACCCACCAUCAGCACUACCACGGGCACCCCAACCCCUACACCACCAUCAGCACCACCACAGGCAAGCCAACUCCGACACCCACCAUCAGCACAACCACGGCCACCCCGACUCCGACACCAACCAUCACCACCACCACGGGCACCCCGACUCCGACACCCACCAUCAGCACCACCACGGGCACCCCGACUCCGACACCCACCAUCAGCACCACCACAGGCACCCCAACCCCUACACCCACCAUCAGCACCACCACGGGCCACCCCGACUCCGACACCCACCAUCAGCACGACCACGGGCACCCCCUCCACCCCCACUCCUACGACGGUGUCAACGACCACCACAGGAACGCCCACGCCGCCCACGCCGUCCAGGCCACAGACCUUCAGCACCACGACCUCCUUUGUACCCACGCCCACACCGACCCCGAUCUCUACUCCCAACGUCAGUAUAAGCACGCGCCCAGGCACCACGACCCCAGUCGCCUCCUCCCCUCAGGAGAAAUGCUGCGUUUUGAACGGCACAUACUAUGCACCAGGCGAGUUGGUGUACAACGGCACGCACGGGGACACCUGCUAUUACGCGAACUGCUCGGUGUUGUGCGCCAUCGAAAUCUUCAACUGGUCAUGCCCGUCCACACCCUCCCCAACGCCCACCCCUUCCAAGACGACACCGACCUCGACAUCCAAACCACCCACGCCCACGGCAUCGAGCACACCGGCCACCACCAAGCCCCCUGCGUGCCCAGACUUCGAUCCUCCCAGACAGGAGAACGAGACGUGGUGGCUGUGUAACUGCACCAUGGCGAUCUGCAAGUACAACAACACCGUGGAGCUCGUGGAAGUGGAGUGUGAAAUCCCGCCCAUGCCCACCUGCUCCAACGGCCUCCAGCCCGUGCUCGUCCAGGGUCCCCACGAAUGCUGCAAACACUGGGAAUGUGACUGCUACUGCACAGGCUGGGGGGACCCCCACUACGUGACGUUCGACGGGCUGUACUACAGCUACCAGGGAAACUGCACGUACGUGCUUGUGGAGGAGAUCACCCCCACGCUGGGCAGCUUUGGGGUCUAUAUCGACAACUACCACUGUGACGUCAACGACGAGGUGUCCUGCCCCCGCACGCUCAUCGUGCGCUACGAGUCCCAGGAGGUGCUGAUCAAGACGUUGCAGCUGAUGCCCAUCCGGGUUCAGGUGCAGGUCAACAGGCAGGUGGUGGCGCUGCCCUAUGUGAAGAGUGAGGUGCACGUGUACCAGUCGGGCAUCAACUACGUGGUGGAAGUCUCCAAGCUGGGCGCCCUCAUCUCCUACAACGGACUCUCCUUCUCCAUCAGGCUGCCCUACCACCUCUUUGGCAAUAACACCAAGGGCCAGUGUGGUACGUGCACCAACAAUACGGCAGACGACUGCAUGCUGCCCAGUGGGGAGGUCGUUUCCAACUGCGAGUUUGCAGCUGAUCAGUGGGUGGUGAAUGACCCCUCCAAGCCACACUGUCCCCACACCAGCACGACCACCAAGCCCCCCGCCAGCACGCCGCCAGGGGGCAGCACCACCACCCACAAGGACUGCACCUCUCCUCUCUGCGAGCUCAUCAAAGACAGCUUGUUCGCCCCGUGCCAUGCCCUGGUACCCCCCCAGCACUACUACGACGCGUGCGUGUUUGAUAGCUGCUUUGUGCCUGACUCCGGCCUGGAGUGUGCCAGCCUGCAGGUCUACGCGACCCUCUGUGCCCAGGGCAACAUCUGCAUCGACUGGCGGAACCACACCCAUGGGAUCUGCUCGGUGACGUGCCCACCUCACAGGGAGUACCGGGCCUGUGGUCCUGCAGAGGAGCCCUCAUGCGAGUCUAGCUUAGUUGCUAUAAGACCCCCAGAGCAGAGGAACACCCACCUGGUGGAAGGCUGCUUCUGUCCCGAGGGCACCAUGAACUACGCCCCAGGAUUCGACGUCUGCGUGGAGCUGUGUGGCUGCGUGGGGCCUGACGAUGUGCCUAGAAAGUUCGGGGAGCACUUUGAGUUUGACUGCAAAGACUGCGUGUGCCUGGAGGGCGGGCGCGGCAUCAUCUGUCAGCCCAAGGAGUGCCACCAGGAGCCGGUCACGUGCACGGAGGACGGCACCUACCCGCUCACGGAGGUCAACCCCGCAGACCCGUGCUGCAAUGUCACGACUUGCAAGUGCAAUACCAGCCUGUGCGAGGAGACGCCGCCCAAGUGCCCCCUGGGCUUCGAAGUGAGCAGCGAGACCAGACCCGGGAAGUGCUGCCCCUCCUACUCCUGUGUGCCCAAGGGUGUGUGCGUUCACGGGAAUGCUGAGUACCAGCCCGGGUCCCCAGUGUAUUCCUCCAAGUGCCAAGACUGCGUCUGCACCAACAGCACGGACAGCAGCACGCAGCUUAACAUCAUCUCCUGCACCCACGUGCACUGCGACAGCUCCUGCAGCCCCGGCUUCGAGCUGGUGGACGUCCCCGGGGAGUGCUGCAGGAAGUGUCAGCAGACCCACUGCAUCAUCAAGAGACCCGGCAUGGAGGACAUCAUCCUAAAGCCCGGAGACAUAAGUAACGACCCCACAAACAAUUGCACCUUCUUCAGCUGCGUGAAAAUCCACAACCAGCUCAUCUCUUCGGUCUCCAACAUCACCUGUCCCGACUUUGACUCCAGCAUCUGCCUCCCGGGCUCCAUCACACUCAUGCCCAACGGAUGCUGCAAGAAAUGCAUCCCUCGCAAUGAGACCAGGAUCUUCUGCUCCACCAUUCCUUUUACAAAGGAAAUUUCUUACUCCGGCUGCACCAAGAAGGUCACAAUGAAUUACUGCUCGGGGACCUGCGGGACCUUUGCCAUGUACUCGGCCGAGGCCCAGGCCCUGGACCACCGGUGCUCCUGCUGCAAGGAGGAGCGCACCAGCCAGCGGGAGGUGGAGCUGAGCUGCCCCGAUGGCAGCUCACAGAAGUACACCUACACCCACAUCGAGAGCUGCCAGUGCCAGGACACCGUGUGCGGGCUCCCGCGGGCUCAGCGCAGUGUCCCCGGCCGCGCCCGGCGCGCCAGCCCCAGGGGCCUGCAUCCGGGGAGGGAAUGAGCCGCGUCCAGGCCCCCCCCGACCUCCACACGCACCCCC